AGACAUCUGAUCAGCUGCAAACACACACACACACACACACACACACACACACACACACGCACAUACACACGCCCGGGGAGGCAGGCCGGAGAGACCUCCCUCCCGCCCCUCCCGCCCGCCUCCCUCCCCUCGCCGCCGCCGCAGCCAGCAUCUGGGACCGGCCGAUUCUGCACCUCCGUCCGGCGCUGCCCUUUGAUUCGGAUUUCCAUCUUGCAUUCUCCGGCGGACCGCGGGACCUGGCUCGUGCAGAGGAGGGGGGCCGAUCGCUAUGGAGUAUUUCAUGGUGCCCACUCAGAAGGUGCCCUCUUUGCAACAUUUCAGGAAAACAGAGAAAGAAGUGAUAGGAGGGCUCUGUAGCCUUGCCAACAUUCCAUUGACCCCUGAGACUCAGCGGGACCAGGAGCGGCGGAUUCGGCGGGAGAUCGCCAACAGCAACGAGCGGAGGCGCAUGCAGAGCAUCAACGCGGGCUUCCAGUCCCUCAAGACCCUCAUCCCCCACACAGAUGGAGAGAAGCUCAGCAAGGCAGCCAUUCUCCAGCAGACUGCGGAAUACAUCUUCUCCCUGGAGCAGGAGAAGACCCGGCUCCUGCAGCAGAACACACAGCUCAAGCGCUUUAUCCAGGAGCUGAGCGGCUCGUCCCCCAAGCGGCGGCGGGCAGAGGACAAGGAUGAGGGCAUUGGCUCCCCGGACAUCUGGGAGGACGAGAAGGCGGAGGAUCUGCGGCGGGAGAUGAUUGAGCUGCGGCAGCAGCUGGACAAGGAGCGCUCGGUGCGCAUGAUGCUGGAGGAGCAGGUGCGCUCGCUGGAGGCCCACAUGUACCCGGAAAAGCUCAAGGUGAUCGCGCAGCAGGUGCAGCUGCAGCAGCAGCAGGAGCAGGUGCGGCUGCUGCACCAGGAGAAGCUGGAGCGGGAACAGCAGCACCUGAGGACCCAGCUCCUGCCCACGCCGGCCCCCACGCACCACCCCACGGUGAUCGUGCCGGCGCCCGCGCCCCCUCCCUCCCACCACAUCAACGUCGUCACCAUGGGCCCUUCCUCCGUCAUCAACUCUGUUUCCACGUCCCGGCAAAAUCUGGACACCAUCGUGCAGGCGAUCCAGCACAUCGAGGGCACCCAGGACAGGCAGGAGCAGGAGGAGGAGCAGCGGCGAGCGGUCAUUGUUAAGCCGGUGCGCAGCUGCCCGGAGGCGCACGCCUCCGACACCGCCUCCGACUCAGAGGCCUCGGACAGCGAUGCCAUGGACCAGGGCCGGGAGGAGCCCGCGGGGCACGGGGGGCUUCCCUGACCACCCCCCAGCCCUCCUCUCCCGUCUGGGGGCUGGAGGGGGCGGGGCAGCCACGGGAGAGCCGAGGGCCACUGAGAGGAAUUUUUACAAAAUUACGGCGUCAUUUGGGUCUCUUUUAUGACCUCCUCUUCAAUACUGUAAAUCGACCUUGGCGUGAAGCCACCGAACCUGAGGUCCGGGGCUGGGGUGGCAGGCGCGCGGAGGAGCACUGGGGCUCCUGGGGCUGGGCCUCGCCCCGGAGGCUGGGGAAGCGGCCGCGGAGGUGCCUGGCCUCUCUCCGCCACCAACGCAUUUUUUUCACUGAAACAUGUUUUCAAGAACAGGGAAAAAUAAAAACCCCAAGGUAUUCUGCCCCCCCCCCCCCCCAAGCAGCCCUGCGACUGUCGGUUUUUCACUCCCCCUCCCUCUCUUUUUGGUGUCUUUUCCGCUUUAAGCACUUACAUGGGUUGGGGGUCAGGCCGGGUUGGGGGUCCGGGGGUCUCUGUUGCUUCUCGGUUGGGGUUUGCUGCUGCCCUUCGCCCCUCUCCUCCCCGACUUGUCUCAGCACUAGGAAUCGCCACUCGCCACCGCCACGGGCCCCCACCUCUCUCUCCAGGUUUCCUAUCUUCCACCCUAAAAAAGUCUUUAUCUCUCUCUUUUUGUUUUGUUUGUCAUUGGUUCUUUUUUUUGGUUUUAGUUUUGUUUUUGGUUUUGUGUUUUUUUUUUUUUACAAUUUUGAGGUCUUUGUGUUCAAGGAGAAGCUAUUAUAUUUUGUUAAGAAAGUGGGGGGAAAAAAACCCAAGAGGCCACCGUGCCUUUAUAAAGAAACAAAAUAAAGUUUGUACUUUGUUUUUUA